CAUCGUGUGCAUCUUUCCUAGGUCCCAUCUCCACCAGCGAUCCUGCGACAGCAUGCCUCCCAAGAAGCCUGAGCCCAAGAAGGAGGCAGCCAAGCCAGCCCCAGCGACAGCCCCUGCUGCGGCCCCUGCAUCAGCUCCUGAGCCCCCCAGAGAUCUUGCCUUUGACCCCAAGAGUGUAAAGAUAGACUUCACCGCGGACCAGAUCGAGGAGUUCAAAGAGGCCUUUUCUCUAUUUGACCGGACCCCAACUGGCGAGAUGAAGAUCACCUACGGGCAGUGCGGGGACGUGCUACGGGCCCUGGGCCAGAACCCCACCAACACCGAGGUGCUGCGUGUCCUGGGCAAGCCCAAGCCCGAAGACAUGAAUGCCAAGAUGCUGGACUUCGAGACGUUCCUGCCGAUCCUGCAGCACAUCUCCCGCAACAAGGAGCAGGGCACCUACGAGGACUUUGUGGAGGGCCUGCGGGUCUUCGACAAGGAGAGCAACGGCACGGUCAUGGGCGCUGAGCUCCGCCACGUGCUGGCCACCCUGGGAGAGAAGAUGACUGAGGCUGAAGUGGAGCAGGUGUUAGCUGGCCACGAGGACGCCAAUGGCUGCAUCAACUAUGAAGCGUUCGUGAAGCACAUCAUGUCUGGGUGAAGCGCAUUCCUCCGGGUGCCUGGCCGGCGGCCUUAGCCGCGCCAGGGUGAGUUGGCGAGAGGCCCAGAGCGAGAGCACAGAGCUGCAGGCCUGGACUUAUGCCUGCAGCACGGCCCUGAGGCCCUCAGCCCCGCAGCCCUCCCUGUGAAUAAACAGCUUCACCAAGGCUGGGCCCA